GGUCACGCCGCUUUCUAACACUACGAAAGUGGCUUCCUGGUGAAUGCCAAACAAACCGAUUUCAAUUGCCUAAACGAAUUCAAGACGCUUAAAUGGCAAACGUGCGCUGUUUAUACAAGCUGAUUCGCCUGCAGAAGAUCCUGCUGCCGCUCAAUGCGACCAGCUCCCGGUUGGCCCCGAUGCAGCCAAGACCAUUGACUUUUUUGAUAGCAAGGAGUUAUGGAAAGGAUGAAAAAGCAGCCAAUCUAGAAGAUUUUAGAGCCCGAGAGGAGCAGCGCGAAAGGGAGAGGGAUGCGGCUGAUAAAGCUGCUGAACAGGCUGCACAAAAACAAGCAGGAGGAGGUGGUGGGCUGGGUGCAACAGGGUCAGAAUCCAAAGAUGACGCAAAGCAAGCCAAGGUGGAUGCCAUAAGGGCAAAGAUCCUCGACGCCGCCCUGCAGCAUGUGCCCCAGCAGGGAUGGACCCGCCAAGCCAUCAUUCUGGGUGCCGAGGAAAGUGGCUAUCCUAGCGUGGUGCAUGGCAUGUUCCCCGAGGGUGGUUUCGCAUUGGUGUCCCACUUCAACGGCAAAUGCAACGCCCAGUUGGUGGAGAGCCUGCAGCAAAUGACAGAUGGCGGCAAGCAGGAGGUGGAGGAUCCUCUAGACUUUCUGGUGCAAGCAGUGCGGCAGCGUCUGGAGAUGGUUACCCCCUAUAAGACGCACUGGCCCCAGGCGAUGGCCCUCUUAGCCCAGCCUCAGCAUGCGCCGACAGCCCUGGCCCAGGUGCUCACUCUGGUGGAUGACAUCUGCUACUACUCCGGCGAUCGAUCUGUGGAUUUCGGUUGGUACACGAGACGUGUGGGUCUGGCAACCAUCAUGAAGAUGACCGAGUUAUACUUCCUGCAGGACAAGUCUCCAGGUCAUGCGCAGACCUGGGAGUUCCUGAAGAGCCGCAUGGACGAGGCUGUGCAACUACAAAUGAUGCUAUCCCAAACAGAGGGGAUGACGCACACGUUCCAACGCUCCUUUAACUCGGCGUUCAUCACGGCGCGUAAUAUUCUCGGUCUGGGCUAUAAUCGUAACUAGCACGAAAGUAAAACCAUCCCGGUAUCCGAUGCCUUGAGUGCCACACGCAGUCCAAAGAUUAAUAAUUCUAGUGGGAACGGUUCUGCUAGCCCUUAAAGAUCUACACCUAUGUUUACCUUAGAUCCAUAUGUAUAUAUGUGCAUAUAAGUACACCCUAUACAACGCAA